AUGUCUUCAACCCCAUCUCACUGGGGAAAUGUAUCUCAAUUUUCACAGUUCCCACUCCCAGCAUUCAGCUCCAUGAACGUAAGUUCGGUGAAUGUGAUCUAUGACCUGGGCUCUCUGUCAAAUGGAAUUCUGGGAUUCAUCAUGAUAGUUAUGUGCAUUACAGCUGUGAUGGGUAAGUGUCCUUUAACAGUAAUUUUAUGCGUGGUUAGGUAAUUAGAUCUAGAAAUAGAUUUAGUUCAGGAAAUUAUAGGGUGCAUUAAAGGUUCCUCCAGCAGGCCAUAUCAAGUUAUAAACACGUGUUCAUUAUGGAAAAUUAAUUUGAGAAGUUAAGUAGCUUUGCUCAAAGCCAGAUCAGGACAAGUAUGAAAUCCUGUGAUACUAAACAAGCUAUAUUAUCAUCCUCUCUACUUCAUGAUAACCUUACUUUGGAUGGAAUCCGGUUAUUUUUUCACAAAAAUUAAGUUGAGAGGUCAGAUGUCUUUGUGGGGUGGCAGGAUGUUUGCAUGGGUGUCUGUAGCAUAGGGCAAGAGUGUGCAGUGCUCUCCUUGCAAAUUGUGCCUCUUUUGAAUUAAAUGAUGACUAUGUCAAUGACUGUACAUAAAAUAAUAUAUUUGCUCCCUCUGUAAUGUUUUCUGGGGAUGCACCUGGCUGUUGGGUGGAUAUAUAAGGGUUUGGGAGGCGUAUGUAAAAUGUUAUAGGUGUAUGAGGAUUAAUGUGCGUAUGAGCUUUUAACAGGAGAUGGGAAGGUUUGUACGUUUGAAAUUUGAUGAGAUGGAAAACGUGUAUGAAGAUAGAGCGUUGUAGUUGAAUGUAACAGACUGACUGUGGAACAAUCUGCGAGGUAGUGAAAUGAGUUUUAGUGUGUGAUGCAUUAAUAUUAUAGAUAUACUGAAGCAGGUUUUAUGAAUGAGGGUUAAAGAGUUGAUGAGGGUUUUCAAAGAAGGUGCAGUUUGUAAAAUUCAUCUUGCACCAGUGGAUGAUCAAUCAUUUCAUUAGCUCACAAAAUAUUGUUUUUUUCAGUAUGACUCCAUAAACAAUGCACAUGCUUAGCUAUAAGUGACUGAACAAAUUGUUUGAGCACAAUAAUUAAAUGAAAUAGUCACUAAAUGUGAUCUGAACGAGACAUAAUAAGAAUUGCCAAUGGGAUUUCCUGGUACCUGAAUGGUCCUGGCGGUAUAAAGAGAUAGGAUACAUUAUAAAUAUGCAUUCUGCUAAGGACAAUCUGAGGCAAGUAAUUAAAUGUUUCUGUCUAGUUUAUGAGUUAUGUAAAUUUAGCCCCACAGGCUAUCAAUCACUGUUUUUCCAGUUUUUUUAUAUCAAUCUAUUAAACUUGUGCAUAUGAGAUGCACACAUUGCAUGUACAUUUUGCAAGGGUCCCUCACCCCCAAAAUAUGAAAAAAGCCAGAGCUACAACCUCAUGCAUGUUUGGCAGUUCUGUAAAUUACUACACAUACUCUAGAUCCCAAAACGAAAUAAACUGAUAAAAGCUACUCUAUGUAUACUAUCAAUUUGUGUCAUGAGUGGAACUGUGACUGGGACAUAAACUACAUAUCCCGUAAACCCUGUUGUGCAGGGGCUUACAUGGUAAGAACGCUCCCUGUGGACCACAGUAAAUACUUCUGAUUGGUGGAGUCUGUUCUUGUCUAGGAUGGAGUCUACCCAUAGCUGUAGUCAGCCUCUCUCAGUUGUACAGCUUUAGGACCAUAUCUGGGUUUGUUUAAAAAAAAAAUUUUAAAAAUCAAUUUAUUGUUCAUUUUAACUUAUUAUCUGUAUAAUACAUUACAAAUAUAGAUCAAUUGUGUUAACUAUUGCUUUCCUUUUAAGAAAUUGGAUACAUGAUCACUUGAUACCUGCAUGUUGCUCUACACUUUAUUCUAAACUUAACUAUAUCAUUUUGUUGCAGGUAAUUUGCUUGUUAUUAUCAUUAUCGCGGCAACCAAGCAUUUCCACUCUAAUACAUCAAUAUUUCUCAUUAACUUGGCGGUGAGCGACUUCCUUGUGGGCAUUGGAGUGAUGCCACUGGUCCUUAGCUCAGUCGUGAAUCACAAAUGGUUAAACCACCAGGUACGAAAGCUAAAACACCUUGUGUUUCUCGGUUAUAUGCACACGGUGCAUUUCAUUAUUUAGUUUACGGUAUUAUUUCAUAUUCAGAGAUAUAUAUAAUGUUACCAAUAUUAUAUUGUUGUUUUGGUUAUUUUAUGAAAGUUAUAAGUACUGCUAUUGUUACGGACACAAUAAAAAGGUUAAUUAGUUACAAAAGUGAUUUUUUUUGUUUUUUAAAUGGUGAAAUGUGAAGGUAGAACACCGUAUUUUCUCCAUGUUUAAAUAUAUACACGUGUAUUUAUGUUUAUAAAUGUUCUAGUAGAUGCAAUAUGUGUCCUGUAUCACUUGGUAACAUGUAUCACUACUCAUGUUCUUUGUGUUAUUAUAUAUGUUAUUUGUUUACAGUUAUUACUGUAUUGUAUUUUAUAUAAUUUUUUUAUCUUUUUUAUUAAUUUUUAUGUUUGUUGUGCAGAUGAGGACAUAGCAUUGUCUAAUGCCACAACAGUGUACACAUGAACAAACAGGCUAAACAAUGGCAUGUUACUUCGCACAUUUUGUUUUUUGAUCAGGCUUACCAUUACUGUUAUGUCUCCAAGAUAAGUAUAUUAUGUCUCCAAGAUAAGUAUAUUAUAAGAAUGCAAGUGUAGAGAAAAUACAAAUAAUAUAACACGCUGUCUAGGAAAAACAGGCUUAAAAUGAAAACCACUGAAGCCGAGCAGACCGUGAUAAAACAUGUGUCCGUGAGAGAUCUAGCAGAGAGAAGUGGUUAGGGAAAAAGAAUGGCUACAAUUUGUGUCCAAGAGGGUUAGUUUUUAGGUGGCAUGUUUUGAGCUGGGGCUACUGUCUCUUGUAAAGCCCGAUUUGUGUUGGGCUGUGAAUGUCUCUGUGCUUGUGUAGAGUGACUAGGUGAUGUCACGUGGAGCUUACAGUCUGUGGCGGGUUAAUAUAGCAGUUUGGCAUGAUGCAAGAUGAUGAGGAACCACAGGCUUUUACAGGUGUCACUAGUGCUCCUUCAGGUAGUGACAAAGCUUCCCUUUCCGUGCUUGGUGUUCAGUCGACGCAAACGCUUGGCAAGCGUGGUACAUGUUUGGUAAGUCCGCUUGGAGGUUCUGCGUUGCAGCAUGGGCUCAUAGUUUCCCUCCAUUUCUCAUCCCCGCCAAGGGGGCGUCUGUUCUGGGCAGAUGGUCCAUUGGCUCUCUCGGUCUCAUUCUCUCCUCAACUGGAGUCAGAAGUGGUUGCUGGACUCGCUUUAUGGUUCACUGGCAUAUAGUGUGGCUCUGUAUCGUAAAAUCAGUUGGUAAGGUGCUCCGAGCCACCGCCAUCUUAAAAGGUAGGCCUUAGAUGGCCUUAGAUGGUCAGUGCCCUUAAGUGUCUCCACAGCUUGAGUUCUCUUCAGUGGGGACCGGGAUGACCCCCCUGGCCCAGAGGGGGGUGGGAGGGCAGAAACGGGUCCGGCAAGCGUUCAGUAAGCCGGCAUGUGGUAGCAGGGGAGGGAGACAAGGCAGCUGCCGUCCACCCCGCUCCACCCCCCCCCAAGUAGGUUGCAGCCUCUGAAGUCUUAUGCUUCCCACAGGGGGUGUGAAACUCAUAAUCACGGGGUCCGCUACCUCUCUAUCUCUCAGGCUCUGUACGAGUGCAAAAAGCGGCUAAAUAUGGCUUAAGAGGCCGGAUACCUCCUGAGCUUCUCCUGCAUGCGACCGGUCAGCAUGGCGGCCCGGCCCAGCACCUUUAUAUUAUAUUUUUAUAGCUCUGUGUUGAUCGAUAUUUUGGGGUAAUUAUAAAUCAGACUUGUAUAUGGGUUUUGCAGGAAUUCUGCGUAUAGUAUUCCAUAUGAUAGUCUGUUUUCUGAUUGCUUGCAAUCAAGGGUUAAUGAGGUUGUAACUCUAAAUUAUUGACAAUUACUUGACUGUAAUUUUAGAAAGUCUCCUAUCAAUGUAUAUAUUUAAUUAAUUAGUUUCUCACUACAAUAGUAAUGGAACAACAAAAAUGGGAAGGAGAGCUGUGCGAUAGUGUUUUAAUCAUCACGGUUUUCAAAUUGCAAAGAAAAGCCAGCUUCCCCGCAAAUCUAAUUACUUACCCUAUGUAUUUCUAGCAUAUCAGAAGAAGGUCGGAAAGAAACAUCAUAUGUGUGGGUGAACAGAGAAAAACUGCAUUUGGCUCUAGUUAACACAUUGCAGCACUAAAAACCCGAGUGAUAACAGACAAUGUAAAAAAAAUUCUAAAGGAACACUCCACACACAUACAGCACUUCAGCUUGCUGAAUGCUUUAUGUGUGUGGAGCCUGUCACAUUUAUGACUGUUUAUAAAAGCGCCCAUUGUAAUAGAAAUUGACACAUUUAUUAUUGGGGUCAGAAAUAUCUCCGUGCCUAUCAAUUUGAGAGCUAGCUAGCGUGCCUGUCCCUGUUCUCAAUGUGCUCUUUACAUUAUUCUGGGUUGGGGAAAAGUGGAGGGCGUGCAAUGGCUGCAGACAAGAGAAGCUGUUUUUAGAUGUAACCCCAAUGAAAAAAGUACAUUAAUAAAUGCAUGCAUGUUGUUGUUUUGGGUAUAUCUAUUAAAUAGUGAUUUUAAAAAAUUUGCUACGUUAGUGUUCCUUUAAGGAAACAGUCAUUUUCUCAGGAUGUUUUUCUUUGAAAAUAAUUAUUUUGUUCACUAAAAUGAAUGUCUUUACGCCAACUGAAUCCAUUGCCUAGUAUAUCCGUAUACUGCAAAGGCCCAGGUUGAAAGUAAAUGUUAAUUAGACUUGUGGAUUCAUUUUCAGACAAAUUGCAAUUCAUCUGAAUUUAGGUCAAAUGGGGGGGGGGAGGUGGUUGUGUGAGUUCUACAACAACAUAAGGGUGUAUAACCGAACAAGCACUGGAUUUGCUUCUUUGUUUUAUUCGUGAUUCGGAGUUCUGCCCGUGGCACCAAAGAAAGACAUGAUUGAUGGCUAGGGGACAGCCAGUAAAUGUUGAUUUUAUUCACAGAUCAAUAGAAGGGACCAAUAAAGGGAAAAAAAGGAGGGGCUGUAAAAAUGGGAUAAAUAUAUAAUGUAAAUAUAGACUUUUUUACUGCUCUUCAUCCUUUUCUCUGUAUUGGUUAUUUUUUCACUUGAUCUGUGAACCAAAUGGUGCGAUAAUGCGCCUAUCAGUGUACUGCAGAAUAUAUACUUAACAUUUAGUUUUUGCUUUACAGUCUGGCCCAUGUUCAUCUAAAUUGUUUUCCUGAAUAUUUUUGUAUGGACGAUAUUGGAACGAACCAAACUGCUACAUGGAAAACUAUCUGACUAGCCAAAAUAUAUUUUUAUUUUUUUUUGACAAAUAGAUUUGGCCAAACCAAACAUUUCCACGUGCAUAAGUCCGUUAAUUAAUUAUAUAACAGACCUCCUCCUCUAACUGUAAAAACAACUGUAAAUAAAAUAAGCAAAUUAGCACUUUCGCUAUUUAAUUUCUUACACUCGUCAUAGUAUUCAUUGUAAAUGGAUUAUUUGUUUUUCUUACUUUUUUUUUCUUUUUGUCUUUUCUUAAUCUUUUCAGUAUUUAUGUAUGUACAUGGGAUCUGCAUUUGUGGUGUACUGCACAUCGUCCGUGUUGACCUUAGCUGCCAUCGCUAUGGAUAGAUAUCGUGCAAUUGUCAACUGCUUCCAGUAUAACGCCCAGUCUACAACGAGAAGAGCUGUUGGCACCGUCGUAUGGAUAUGGACACAGGCAAUAUUUUCCGGUUUCCCACCUUUUGUAGGAUGGGGGCAUUUUGAGUAUUUACCUGCAACAUUUAGCUGCUCUGUUAACUGGGCCCACAGCCCCAGCUACACUGGAUUCAUAAUGUCCUGCUCUUUUUUGGUGCCAUCAUGUACCAUGAUCUUCUGUUACAUCCGUAUCGUACAGGUAGCAAGAGACCACGCCAGACGGAUACAUAAUGUUGAAUGUCAGCUAGAGAAGAAUGUGAAAGCAAAUGCUGAAUUUCUUGGACAAGACAGCAAAAUAUCUCCAGUCAAUUCAGAGAAGGUCGAACCUCGCCCCAAAAGAGUCCAAGACAGCAUGGAUAAAUUCCUUUUACCCAUUCCAGGUGUUUCUCCAGGUGGGAAGCAGGACAUUUUUGCAGUAUAUGAUACCCCAGGACGAGAGCACAAUGGAACAUUCAGAUUAUUCAUUGUUAUUUUAAUUUUCUUUUGUUGUUGGGUACCAUAUAUAAUUGUCAGCAUAUCACAGUCUAUCACUAUCAAGAGUAAGCAGUGGGAUCUCCCUCCACAGAUUCAAACUAUAUCUGCCUGGUUAGCACUGUUAAAUUCAUCCAUUAAUCCACUUUUAUAUGCUCUUUUGAGCAAAAGAUUCAGAAAAGUCCUUGUCAAUCUAAAGAAAAAGACAUUAAUGAAAAUGAAUGUUCAGCAAGAUACAUCUCUGAUGGAGCGAUCAGGAAAAAUAAAGUCAAAAAUCAGAAGGGUUCAAUCCUUUAAAUCCAGAUCUAAUGUGAACCAUUUUGAGAACAGGUUCCACCUUCGAUCUUUCUCGAUGUUUAGCAUUGCCUCGUUUGCUGAGACAGGUCACGAAGAUGAAAAUUACAUUCCUGUGAAAUUUCCUGGAUUGUCACCUUCCACCGUGUGGAGGACAAACGUACCUCCAUGUUCUUCUGACUUUCAUAAUGAUCAUCUCCUCCAGAAACCAAGCUGUCUUGUUAAUGAGUUCCUGGAGAUUCCUCAUUCUUUGCCCGGGGAAACUUUAAGUUCAUGCCAGCUUAAAGAAAAAGACUCCAACGAUUCUUCAGUAUUUAUAUAUGGAAAUAUAACCAUAAAGGUCAAUGAGAGUCAUUUUCCAAGUCCUGUAGUGUCUUGA